AUGAUUCCGGCCAACAGAGGUGGCGAGGGAGAUACGAAGAAGAGAGGUGAUGGCAGACAGAAAAAGCCGUCUGCGGUAAAGAAGAAAGCGCUCGAGUUUCCAGCGAUGCAGAAGCUUUGUGCGUUGAUUCGAAGAUCCGGCGAAGAGUGGGAGGGAGCAGUGUGGAGCCAGUCUCUGUUGACCGUGCGGCUCGAUAUCGCCACAUUCCUCAGCGUCUCGGGCAGAUUCGAAGUUGGCCGCGACAUGUGGCAGACACUCUUCCAUCGGAUGCAACAGGUCAAAACAUUGGAAUUGAAAGGCCGGAUGAGCUAUGCGCUCGUCGAGGCUCUCAAUCAUUUUACUGUGGUUUCCUUGUCCGGCGACCAGGAUGACGAGAGUGCCACCUCUUCGACAUCGACCGCACUCAGACAAUGUGCACCCAACUCGCGGAAUUUCUAUCGAAGAGAAAGGCGCUGCUUGACACCUAAGACGAUUAUUCUCGAGGAUUGCCACGCCACCGAUCCUCAGCUGCAGCAGCUAGUCGCGGCGGGUGGCGUUCAUGUCGCGUGCAGUGGGCAACCGUAUACCUGGGGAGCUGAAGGAAUGGGUCUGUUUGGCGAGGAGGAUGAGUGA